AUGUGGUCCAGGCAGAACGCUAGCGGUAUCCUGGGGUGGGAGAAAUUAGAUGACGCUAGUUACGUGGCCAUUGGUGUUUAUCUCAUGAUACUUGCUCCAAUAGCCAUAUUUGGAAACUGUCUUGUCCUGUUUGUGUUUUGGCGGAAGAGUUUGUACAAGCGACCGGUGAAUUGGUUCAUCGUUAAUUUAGCGGUGUCGGAUCUAAUCGUCGCCGUUUUUGCCCACCCUUUGUCUGCCAUCUCUUCCUUUAGUCAGAGAUGGAGUCUCGCCACCACGGGUUGUUACCUGUACGGUUUUAUCGCCUACACGGGCGGCUGUAAUAAUAUCAUGACCUACGCUGCUAUCAGUUACUUCCGCUGUCAGAUUGUUUGUGAUAACAGAUAUGUUGCUAGAGUGAAGGGCGGGCGGAUUAUAAGCAUGUUGGUCAGUAUUUGGAUGUUUAGUCUGUUCUGGACGGUGUCACCCCUCCUGGGUUGGAACACUUAUGAGCUUGAGCCGUAUGAACUGACAUGUAGUCUCCGCUGGUUCGGAAAUUCUGCCGCCGACAAGUCCUACAUCUGGCUGUGUCUCAUAUUUGUGUACUUGUCCCCAUUAUCCAUCAUGAUUUAUUCUUACAUCCGGAUCGCUAAACACGCCCGACGUCUCUCUGCAAGCAGCCUGCCCGGGAACAAUGAGACAAAGUCCAAAUUCUUGUAUAAUUUGGAGAAAGGAGCAACGAGGAUUUCGCUGAUUAUGACGUUCACGUUCAUGUUUACUUGGACACCGUACGCCAUCCUGUCAUUGAUGACUUCAGUUGGCCUCAUCACCAGGUCCCCUGCCAUCCUAUUGCCGACUCUAUUCGCCAAAUCUUCCUGUGCUUACAACCCAUUUGUGUUCUUUCUGAGUCACAACACAUUCAAAUCCUUUAACUGGGGAUUUGCGUCGUGCGCACAGAAUAAGGAGGAGCAGGAAUCUACAAAGGUGUACAUAAGCAGAGUGAGGUUUCAGAACCGUAUAAAACCCUCAGACACGGCCAGCAGUUCGACGGCUAAAGUUGAUUCAACGAGGAGAGACAUUGAUCAUCAGAAAAGUUCAAGACAUGUUACAUUAACAGUUUCUGACUUGAUGGAAACCAGUACAGGUUGA